UCCCAGAGCCGGCAACUCGCCACCUGCCAUCUGGCCCGGAGACCGCCUCCGGCCACUCACAUCAUCCACCAUGGGAAGGCUCCGAGGAGGCCGCUGGCGCUCGCGCCCCCGCCGAUGCCAGCCCCGCAAACCAGCCGACAGAGCCGCCAUUCCCUGGGUCAUGGAGUCGCCCGCCAUGCUGCCCACACCACCCUCACAGGUGCGUCAGAACUACCUCCCUGUGUGUGAAGCCGCGGUCAACAGCCACGCCGCCCUGGAGCUCCACGCCUCCUUCCAGUGCCUGGCUGUGGCCUUCUACCUCGAUCGUGAUGACGUGACCUUGAAGCACAUCCACCGCUUCUUCCUGCUCGGCUCCCACGAGCACAGCAAGACAGCCGAGAGCCUGAUGUUCCUGCAGAACCGGCGUGGGGGCCGCAUCUCUUUCCUCGACAUCAGAAAGCCCGAGAGCCAAGAGUGGGAGAGCGGGCUCCAGGCCAUGCAAGACACCCUGCACCUAGAGAAGUGUGUCAACCAGAGCCUCCUCGACCUGCACCAGCUGGCCACCGAGAGCUGCGACGCUGACCUGUGCCACUUCCUGGAGACCGGCUACCUGGACCAGCAGGUCAAGUUCAUCAAGGAGCUGGAGGACCAUGUCAGCAACCUGAGCAACGCGGGGUCCCCGGAAGGUGCCCUGGCAGAGUACUUCUCUGACAAGCUCACCCUGGGUGAUGGCGACAAGGAGGACUGAGCCUGGACUGGACUUUCCCCUGAGUCCUGGGUGAGAGGCCACGAUCACCCUGCCUGCCAUGAAGUCUGCAGUAUUGCCCUUGCAGAAAAACUUAAGUU